AAAUAAAUUGCUGUAGACAGCUGGAGGCAACUUCGCAUGGGUUAGAUAAGAUAUAAAUUUGAAUAAAAAUAAUUUAAAAGAUAUCAAACAUCAAGAUCGCAGAGACCAGCGCCUGUGCUCUUGGCGCAGACCGCCCUGAGAGAUCAACCGUUUUCAGUUAUCUUUUGUUCCAUCAGUAAUUUUAGGUAAAUAAAAUUAUAUUUUGUCUGUCUGGCUGUAACAAACGCUUUAUAACAAUUUUCCUCCCCAGAAUUGUAAAUAAUAAGGCUAAAUUAAUUUGAGCAUUCGUUUGAGGUUAAAGUUCAAAUCACUAUUUACUGGCAUGAAGCUUCAUGUGACCAUUCAAUUGUUUAGAUUUUAAAGAAUCAAAGAACUAUUCGAAAUGAAACCCUGUACCAAAUAUUAUUAUACAAGACAUAUUUUAUGCUGCCCAAAUCUGGAGUUGCCGUCCGAUUUGUAGUUGGCAGCCGCUUUGUUUCUUUGUGUGAUUAUCAUUUGACAUGUGGAGCAUUUACUGUGUCUCCAAGUAAUCAGAUUGCAUAUUCUUGUUUUCUAUGUAUUUAAUCUUAUACUUGGUUGCAUAUCCCACAAUUGAAGGCGUUCUCUCUUAUAAUUAGUAAGAAGACAAACUUCGCUAGAUGCAAGCUGAACAUGUGCAUUACACGUCAUAUUCGGGGGGAUUUGCCCACAGCUGCAUUGAUGAAAUGUGACUCUUUUUAUGAGACGAAAAUAUGACGCUCAUUAUGAGAUAAAAAUAUGACUCUUAUUAUGAGAUAAAAUAUGACUCUUGUUAUGAGAUAAAAAUAUGAGGCUUAUUAUAAGAUGAAAAUAUGAGGCUUAUUAUGAGAUGAAAAUAUGAGGCUUAUUAUGAGAUGAAAAUAUGAGGCUUAUUAUGAGAUGAAAAUAUGAGGCUUAUUAUCAGAAGAAAUACGACUCUUAUUACGAAAUUCACUAUGAAUCUUGUUACGAGAUGAAAUAAACUGUAGUUAGCGUAAAUCGACAUUUCGUAUCUAAGAUUUAGAACAUAUGUUCAAAACAUGGACUAACAUAGACAGUUGAAGAGAUCAUUAUUUACAAAAUACGACACAUCAUAGUCAUAUCAACUUGAUCUUUACGACAUAUUAGUAAUAUCAACUUGAUAUUUACGUCAUAUCAUAGUCAUAUCACCUUGAUCUUUGCGACAUAUCAGUCAAUUCAACUUGAUCUUUACGCCAUAUCAUAUUAAUUAUCAACUUAAUCUCUACGACAUCUCAGUCAUAUCAACUUGAUCUUUCUAGCUUUUGUUCAUGACACACCAAACAGUAUUGACUUACAGAGUUUCACGAGUAAGCAGCACAUUAGGCUAUUUGCAAUGUUUGGCUGCAUGUAAUGUAACUGCGUUUAAAAAAAAAGGGGGGGGGGGUAUUAUCAACAAAACAAAUAAAUAAUUCCCGAAAAUCGAAUGCACUAAAUUAAAACUAUUUGGAGAAUUAGUCCCUAUUUUGGCUGCAUGUAAUGUAACUGCGUUUAAAAAAAAAGGGGGGGGGGGUAUUAUCAACAAAACCAAUAAAUAAUUCCCGAAAAUCGAAUGCACUAAAUUAAAACUAUUUGGAGAAUUAGUCCCUAUCAUUGACCCUACCUAAGCCAACUUCAAGUGGGGUCAACUGAGUGUAUCUGGCCCCAUAACGCAACACCAUUAGAGUCACUCGUUUUAACGGUCCUUGAAAUAAGCAGUAGAAAUAAAGCUAUGAAAAUAAAACACACAGUAUGCCUCUUAAACGCUAUGAGAAAGUCAAAGAAUGUAUCUCAAUUUAAACUGGACGCUAGUUUGGAAUGGGGUGUUCAUCCCCCACACCCACCCACCCCACCCCACCCCACCCCCCCCCAAACCCCCCACCCCACAACUAUGAAAGAAAUCUUUUUCACCAAUCAACAAAACAGGGAACCUGAAACAGCGCCCUUUUGUCUCUCCAUUACAUGGCUUUCCAUUACAUGCCUUUCCAUUACAUGCCUUUCCAUUACAUGCCUUUCCAUUACAUGCCUUUCCAUUGCAUGCCUUUCCAUUGCAUGCCUUUCCAUUGUAUGCCUUUCCAUUACAUGCCUUUCCAUUACAUGCAUUUCCAUUACAUGGCUUUCCAUUACAUGGCUUUCCAUUGUAUGACUUUCCAUUGCAUGGCUUUCCAAUUCAUGUCCAGUCGCAUAAAAGGAUUUCCAUUUCAGACUUCAAAAUCUUCAAAAUAUCAUUAGCAUGAAAUGAGGCGUUUGUAAAUGACAUGUUCACGUCGAUCACCAAACAUGCCACGAAUUAAUGCUACUAUUCUCUCAAUGAAAAUCUUCAUGUCCCGUGGGCAGAAAAAAUGAGAUCAAAUGAAGCAGAACGAAGGCAACACUUCAGCACUCUAUGGUAUAAAGGGAUAGUGCUGUGGUAUAAAGGGAUAGUGCUGUGGUAUAAAGAGAAAGGUCUGUAGUAUAAAUGGAUCAUUCCGUGGCAUAAAUGGAUAGCUGUAUGGGAUUAAGGGAUAGGUAUAUGGUAUGAUGGAAUUGUUCCGUGCUAUAUAGAGAGCAUUCCAUGGUAUAAAAGGAUUGUUUUAUGGUAUAAAGGGAUUGUUUUAUGUAUUCCCUUCUUUUAACAUAGAAUGAAAUCUAUAGUCAAAUCAGGUAAAAAUGUUAAACCUUAGGGCCAUUUCGUUGGUCCUGUUUUAUGAAGGGUAAGUUAAGAUAAAUAGCUCUCAGGUAUUAACAGAACAAUUUGAAAAAGCUAUAGAUGGCUUUUAAAUAAAAAAAGUAUUUUACUAAAGCGGAUAGACUUUUUGUUAGAAAAUUAAACUGUAUUUAAACACAACUGAUUCAACUACGCAUCAAUGUAGGUAAAUAAAAAACAAAAGAGUCGGAUGCAACUUUUAAAAUUAAAAUUGUGUGUCUUUAUUUUCCUCCGUUCACAUCGUGACGUAUUAAGGAGUAUCAUGUAUGUUAAGUCUUCACAUGAAAGUAACUCUCGCUUCAAAAUUGUUAAACGCCAUUUUUCCCCUCUUACUACAUUUCAGAAACGACAUCAAAAUUGACCAAGUCACUCAGUGUUUCCAAGAUGAAUGUCCUGUUUUAUGUGUCACUGCUGGUGUUGGUUACGUCAGACCUAACCAAGGGAUGUUACUACAAUGGCGUUACUUAUAAGGUGGUUAAUUUACACAAUCCACGCCACUCAUUGUAUCGUGUUUUUGCACUAUUUCGUUUUCCUUCACGGCCGCCAUCUUUGUUGUCAUGAUUGGCAGACGUGUCACGACAUGACAGAUGGCGGCUGUUUAUGUUCAAUUUUUUUUUAAAGAAAACACAGUAUGCCUCUUAAACGCUAUGAGAAAGUCAAAGAAUGUAUCUCAAUCUAAACUGGGCGGUAGUUUGUAAUGGGGUGUUAACCCACCACCCCCCCCCACACACACACCAAUCCCCCUCCUACUAUGAAAGGAGUCUUUCACCAAUCAACAAAAAAUCGAAACUGAAAUAGCGCCCUCGUGUCUCUCCAUUAAAUAGUUUUCCAUUACAUGAAUUUCCAUUACAUGGCUUUCCAUUACAUGGCUUUCCAGCGAUCCCUAUGAUUUUCAGCGAUCACUAUGAUUUUCAUCGGUCAUUUUGAUUUUCAAUGGUCACUUUGAUUUUCAGCCAGGUGACAAGUACAACAUGGAUCGUUGCACUUGGUGUAUUUGUAACGAUGACAAUGCUCCACUGUGCAAGGCGGCCUUCUGUGGUAUGCCGCGAUGUAAGAACUAUGCCCCAGCAGUUUUAAAGGAAGGAGAGUGUUGUCCUCGGUGCCCUGUAGGCAGGUUUGUUUGCAACCCUUGUCACAUUUAUAGCUCAUUUGUAUUACACAUGUUGUGGUGACAUGACAGUUAUUACACUACCUUUCCUAUGAAUACACAUUAAAUAUUUUAUCAGACUUGUUUCCCCAAAUGCAUUGUUUCGAAACAAAAUUUUAUCUGAACCAUAAGUUUUCUAGAAGUUUAAAACCACAGCUAUUUUUUUAAACGGUUCGUACAAAUCAAUAAUCUAAUACUUCAGACAUUCUUGAACUCUGGGCCCUGUACAUGGUUACAGUCUUCUCUUACGGACAUUUUUAGUAUGGCUACCAUGCAAGGAUUAGAAUUUUUUUUUCAAAUCCUUAAAACAUAUUGAAUAUCAUGAUUGAAUGCUCUUAAGUCUACGCUACAGGAAGGUUAAGAUGAAAUGUUUCACUUACAUGAUAUUUCAACGUUGUUUUCUUCAGCGAGAUGUGACCGUAAUCCAAUGGAACUCCUCUACCAACCCCUCAACAAGACAGGAUACUCUAUAGGAUGUUUUAAAAUUGUUUUGUGAAAACAUUUAUUUAAACACUUUUUUAUCUUAUUUACCUUCGAAGUCUAUUUUCGUAAUAGCUCCAUUAUUUUAAAUAUUACCGCAAUAUUAUUUAUUUCAAAAUUUUAAAAUUUCACGAGUAUUAAAAUUAAGGAAAUUAACGUACAAAUUAAACAGAAUUUUUGUUUAUUUUGAUACAUUCUGUUAUGAAGAUUCAUUUUUGAAGUUUUGAUUAUGUAUACAAGAGAAAAAUUAUUAACCAUGAUUGAAUAAAUUUACGCAUUGCUGAA